AUGGCUUCCCUCACAAGUUUAUCUUCACAUGAGCGGACUCGGGUUGAAGAUUACUUGAAUGACAAAAUUCAAGUCUCUGCCGAUCUAGAGAGCUUAGAUUCGCUGCUCUCUACUCUUCGCGCGCAACAGGAGCUUCAGCGGAAGCAGCUAGCGGAAGCCAGCGAAGCGCUCUCAAAUGCGACGAAAGCCUCCAACGACCAUGCCGAAGCCACUCGGAAGCAGGCUGAAGCGUUCACCGCGGAGCAAGCGGACAUCGACCGACGAUUGAUGGCUAUCACACAGUCCGAAACCAGCGAUGCGGCGGUACGGAGCUUGGAGAAGAGCAUGGAAAAACUCCAGCGACUUGAAUUAUCCAAGGGAUACGUUGAGUUGCUGAAGGAAGCCGAGGAACUAAGCAAGCGAGCUUUAACAUACAUGGAGUCUGACCCACGAGCCGCUUUGGAGCCAUAUUCGCGACUACAAACCAUUGUCGGACUGUUGAAGGAUGCGCAGCCUGCUGCAGAGGGAGCAGCUCCUCAUCUCGUCGACUACACGGACAGAUUAGCGUCUGCAUUGAAGCAACAGAUGAAGAAGUACUUUGGCGACCGUCUGCAGAAGACUUUGGAGGAAUUGAAAUGGCCGACACGACAACUGAAUGUCAUCGAUCAGCUCCUGGCUAGGUGGAGGGAAGAUGUUGAAUUGUUGAUCGACCUACAGUUACCUGAACUUCAAAGUCGCGAUUCACUGGUUGGGAUGAACCUUGAGCCGCAAGUACUGUUCCCGCUAGAAGUGAUGGUGCAUCAUCUGGAGCUCCGAUUCAAGUACCACUUCAGCGGAGACAAGCCCACCAACAGACUCGACAAGCCUGAAUAUUUCCUCUCGCACAUCACGGACCUGAUCAACCAACAUGGCGGUUUCUUCGUUUCUUACCUGCAGCCCAUCUUUGAUGAAAGGGCCGAGGCAGUCGGGCCAAGUCUGGAAUGGAACUUCUAUAAUGCAUCACAUAGCUUCAUUACUGCAUUGCUUCCUAUGCUGACGCAGAAGAUCAACCUGUUCCUCCCUCAAAUCGCAGACUACCCUCAACUACUCAGCCACUUCAUUCACGAACUCAUGAAAUUUGACAACGAGAUCCGAGAAACCUGGAACUAUAUGCCGGAUCCAUACGCGGAAGAUAACUGGAAAGGCAUGACCUGGGUGGUGUUGACCAAACAGGGUUGGUAUGGUCGAUGGCUUCAGGUUGAGAAGGAAUUCGCAUUGGCGCGAUACAAAGACAUUAUCGACACGACAGACAGUGGCGAUAUUGACUACGACGGCAUGGAGCUCACUGCAACGAAACCGACGAAGGCUGCAAUCCGUGUCAAUGAUCUCCUCGAAACCAUCACCGAGCGCUACCAGCCCCUAUCCUCUUUCAGUCAGAAGCUGCGCUUUCUCAUUGACAUUCAAAUCACCAUAUUUGACCAAUUCCAUGAGCGUCUCUCCUCUGCGCUGGAGGCUUAUCUCGCGCUGACGUCCACGCUUGGACGCACUGUACAGGGCGCCGACGGGCAAGCCAGCGUGGAAGGAGUUGCAGGUCUGGAGCGACUCUGCCGAGUCUUCGGAAGUGCCGAGUAUCUCGAGAAGAAGAUGGAGGACUGGAGCAACGAUGUAUUCUUCGUCGAGCUUUGGGCCGAGCUUCAAGACCGCGUUCAACGAAAUCGCGACAGCGGCCGGAACGUGGCCGGUACUAUGUCCAUUGCAGAGGUAGCAUCACGUACCUCGCCCGCUGUCACCGGCGACAAUAGUACCCUCGCGACCUCAUCGGAAGGCGCUCUCUUCGACGAAACAGCAUCCGCAUACCGUCGUCUCCGACUCCGUUCAGAGGCCAUCAUCACAUCCACCUUAACAUCCAACAUCCUCGGCGCCUUGAAGCCCUACUCCAGGGUAUCCGCCUGGGCAACACUGUCAACUCCCUCAGCCACAGCAACAGCCUCUCCCCUCUCGCCCACCUCCGGACUCUCCCACGCAAUGCGCGUCCUAUCCACCCAACUCUCCUUCCUCGCCCGCGCACUCGGAACCGCGCCUCUACGGCGAGUCGCGCGUCAGCUGCUGCUGUCCGUGCAGAACUAUAUCUGGGACAGUAUUCUGACCAAGCACAAUUUCUCCGAGACCGGAGCCGCCCAAUUCGCCAGUGAUGUCGACCAUCUCUGUCACGUGGUGGACUCGGCGCUCGGUUCUAGCCACACUGGCAUCUCGUCUCGGGCUAUCAGGAGACUCAGUGAGGGACUGCGUAUCCUGUGCUUGAGCGCGGCCGAGCAUGAAGAGGAUGCAACGCAGGAUGCGGAGUUGCGACUGUGGGAUGUGGAGAAGAGACUGUUUAGGGAUAAUGAGAGUGCAAGGGGUGUGCUUGCUGAACUGGAAAUUGAGUCUCUGUCCGAGGCUGAGGCGAGGUCCGUUUUGGAACGAAGGGUUGAGAUUGGCAGUUGA